AUGGCUGCUGUGGUUCCUAUGGAAAUUUGCACUUUUUCUGAUUUGGUGAACAAAGCAAGGGUGGUUAAAGAGUACGCCAAGACCGUAGCGGCAUCCAAGGAUACUCAUGGAGGAAUACUAGUGGGUCAGAGUCAGCACCAGGAGCGCAUUUUUGCUGUAGAUUCCAAGGAUGCUUCUAAGGCGGGUCCUUUAAUGAGAGGUAUAUGUCUUAUUGGCGAUAAAACAUUAAUUGCAUUGUAUGAUAUUGGGGCUUCGCAUUUGUUUGUUUCUAUUGCUAAAGUUAAGGAAUUAGGCUUGAAAGUGUCAGAGUUACCAUUUGAACUGCAUUGGGAAACCCAAGACUUAGAUCAGAUUUUGGUGGUUAGAGACUUCCCAGAGGUACUCCCGGAGGAUAUUCCUAAAUUUCCACCUCAAAGGGAGAUUGAAUUUGCGAUUGAAUUAGUGUUGAGAGCCGGGCCAGUGUCAAUUGUGCCUUAUAGGAUGGCUUCGAUAAAGCUGGCCGAGUUAAAGGCUCAGUUGGAGGAGCUUCUGAACAAGAGGUUCAUUCGGCCGAAUAAUAAGUACCCGCUGCCAAGGAUAGAUGACUUGAUGGAUCAACUGCAAGGAGCUGGAGUGUUUUCCAAAAUCGAUUUAAGAUCUGGUUACCAUCAGAUAAGGUUGAAGGAGGAUGACAUCCUUAAGACCACGUUUAGGAUGCGCUAUGGACACUACGAGUUUGGGUUAUGUCCUUUGGGUUAA